AUGUCUGGUGAUGAUGAACCUUCCUCUGGCUCUGGAGAUGAAGUAAACGUCAUCAAUGGACACAGCAAGCGUACGCCUGCAACACCUUCUGGCUCAGGACCGACCCGCAAGAGAUCUCGCAAGGCUUCCGGCGAUGCCAUAGUUGAAGCCAUGCUUGAAAUCGCAGCAGCUUCCAAACUGAGAGCGGCUGCUUUGACCAAGAACGGGGACAGAUUCUCUAUCAGCAAAUGCAUCAAUGCGCUGGACAACUUACAAGAUUCGUCCACUAGUAGCGUUGAUUUUGACAUAGAAUUGGAUGAGAUGGAGUUAGUAGCUGCAGCAGCUGGUUACUUGUACUACCACAGUCUCGUAAACCAACCUCAGAGUAAUUCGCCUCGUACGAUGUGUAGAUAUUUGAAAGACUUGUUACAAGGACCUGUUGAAGAUUUCAGGGAAGUGCUUCGGAUGGACAAGAGACUGUUUCGUAAACUCUCUGAAACACUUCGCGAGAAAGGUCUGCUGAAAGAUUCUCCAACUGUUUUGGUGGAAGAGCAGGUUGCUAUGUUCUUAAGCAUCAUCGGUCAUAAUGAGCGGAUCAGAGUGGUACAAGAGAGGUUCGAGCUUUGUUGUGAAACCGUUAGCCGGCAUUUUAACAAUGUGUUAAAGGCGGUUAAGUCGUGGUCACGCCAGUUUUUUCAGCCACCGCAUCUGGAAACACCUGUAGAGAUAGUCAAUAGCAAAAGGCUUUAUCCAUAUUUCAAGGACUGUAUCGGAGUUAUAGAUGGUUUUCAAGUUCUUGCUAACAUACCUAUAAAAGAGCAGUCUCGGUUUAAGAACAAGAAAGGCAUACUUGCUCAGAAUGUGCUUGCAGCUUGCUCUUUUGAUUUGCAGUUUGUAUUUGUAUGCCCUGGAUGGGAAGGCUCUUUUGAAGACUCACGCAUCUUGAGAGCUGUCCUCAAUGAUCCAAACCAGAAUUUCCCUCAACCUCCCAAAGGAAAAUACUAUCUUGUGGACAGAGGCUACACAAACACAGAAGGAUUCAUUGCACCAUACAGGGGAAGUAGGUACGGUGUCCACGAGUUCCGUGGAGCAAGGCAAAUGCCGCAGAACGGGCAUGAUCUUUUCAACCAUCGGCACAAGUGUAUAAGCAGCAUCAUACAAAGAUCAUUCAGGAUUCUGAAAACCAGGUUUCCUAUCCUGAAAUCCGCGCCUCCUUACCCGUUUCAUGUCCAGAGGGAUCUGGUGAUUGUGACUUGUGCUCUGCAUAACUUCAUCAAGAGGGAAGACGGGAUUCGCGACUGGCUCUUUGCCGCCGAUGCUGAAAAUGAUGCUCCAGUGGAGGAUGAGGAAUCGGGUGGACAAGAGGAAGAAGAAGUAGAGCUGCUGCACUUGGAUUCUAUGUCUAUGGAACAUGUUGCUGAUUCUCUAAGAGACUCCAUUGCUUUCACUAUGUGGGAUGACUUCAUGAACAAGUGGGAAGAAUGGUAA